CUCUCAGCUGCUGCCACUCCGGGCUGCUGCCACUCCGGGCUGCGGCGCCGGCGUUGGCCGCUCGAGGGCAAGGGCGGGGAGCGCCGGGGCGCGCGCGCGCGCGCGGGGGUCCCUGCAGGCCCAGCAGUUCCCCUCGAGCCGAGUGGGCGGCCAGACUGAGCAGCAGCAGUCCGAGGGAGGCCCUGGACGGCGCCAUGUCGGCGGGCGGCCCGUGCCCGGCAGGAGCCGGAGGGGGCCCCGGGGCCACGUCCUGCGCGGUGGGGGUCUCCUCUGGCGGGGUGUCCAUGUUCCGCUGGUUAGAGGUGCUGGAGAAGGAAUUCGACAAGGCCUUCGUGGAUGUGGACCUGCUUCUGGGCGAGAUCGACCCGGACCAGGCGGACAUCACUUAUGAGGGCCGGCAGAAGAUGACCAGCCUGAGUUCCUGCUUUGCGCAGCUUUGCCACAAAGCUCAGACCGUGUCCCAAAUCAACCACAAGCUAGAGGCGCAGUUGGUGGAUCUGAAAUCUGAACUGACAGAAACCCAAGCGGAGAAAGUUGUGUUGGAGAAGGAAGUCCAUGAUCAGCUUUUGCAGUUGCAUUCUAUUCAGCUUCAGCUUCAUGCGAAAACUGGCCAAAGUGUUGAUUCUGGUACCAUUAAAGCAAAAUUGUCUGUCCCCUCUGUGGAGGAGCUGGAAAGAGAGCUUGAAGCAAACAAAAAAGAAAAAGUGAAAGAAGCUCAACUUGAAGCUGAAGUGAAAUUGUUGAGAAAAGAGAAUGAAGCCCUUCGUAGACACAUAGCUGUCCUCCAGGCUGAAGUUUAUGGAGCAAGACUGGCUGCCAAGUAUUUGGAUAAGGAACUAGCAGGAAGGGUCCAGCAGAUACAGUUACUAGGACGAGAUAUGAAGGGACCUGCUCAUGAUAAACUUUGGAAUCAGUUAGAAGCUGAAAUACAUUUGCAUCGUCACAAAACUGUUAUCAGAGCCUGUAGAGGACGCAAUGACUUGAAACGACCCAUGCAGGCACCACCAGGCCACGAUCAAGAUUCCUUAAAGAAAAGUCAAGGUGUUGGUCCAAUUAGGAAAGUCCUCCUCUUGAAAGAAGAUCAUGAAGGCCUUGGCAUUUCAAUUACAGGUGGGAAAGAACAUGGAGUUCCAAUCCUCAUCUCAGAGAUCCAUCCAGGGCAGCCUGCUGAUAGAUGUGGAGGGCUGCAUGUUGGAGAUGCUAUUUUGGCUGUCAACGGUGUUAACCUAAGGGACACAAAGCAUAAAGAAGCUGUAACCAUUCUUUCCCAACAGAGAGGAGAGAUUGAAUUUGAAGUAGUUUAUGUGGCUCCUGAAGUAGAUUCUGAUGAUGAAAAUGUAGAGUAUGAAGAUGAGAGUGGACAUCGUUACCGUUUGUACCUUGAUGAGUUAGAGGGAGGUAGCAAUCCUGGUGCUAGCUCUAAAGAUGCAAGUGGAGAAAUCAAAGCGUUACAACAAGAGUAUAACAAGACAGUAACUGAUGCACAUGAAAACGGAGACCUUGGAAGUUCAAGUGAAACUCCACCAGAUGACAGUGCUUCAAAAUUAGAUGAUCUACACAAUCUGUAUCAUAAAAAAUCUUAUUAAAUUGACUCUAUCUCCAGACA